UGUCGUGAGCAUUUCGUCGACCAAAGUGAGUUUUUCAUUUACUGAGCGUUGGCAGGACGCUAGCUGCGACGAAAAGUUAUCUUUUCUCAAAGUCGAGAACAGCAUCCAGCAAAAUUCAACCCACCUUCCAGCUGUAGUAGCGACUUAGCGUGUCAGUCGCGUUCGCCAUUGGUAUCGAGGCAGUGCGCGUUCCUAGUUUCGCUAAAUUGCGGAUCGUGAAGUCCAAGCGUCGAAGCGGGCUGUUGAAACGCCAAACCCCCAUAACAGUGGCAUCCACAUUGCAGUUGCGUUUGUGUGAAAUAAGAUUUCAAACGAAAGUGCAUCACUAGGGGAGCAGAACGUCUGUAUCAGCAUAAUUAUCGCGCGUUUGACACGGUCUGUACGGAAGAGGAGGCAGCUGGAGCGAAACGGGGCAAACGCGAGCAGUGCUUCUAUUCACGAUUGUGUGCACCAGUGUGUGAGAGGAAGGUAGCUUCGUGGCGACGGGUACAGGUAAAAGAGACGAAGAAAAGCGUCAGUAGAGAUCGAAAAGCAGCGAGAAUGGCCCAAAACAUCAAUCCAGAGCGCGCACAGUCUUCGAAUCCAUCGAAACAAAACGACGAAACCCUGAUAAACAACAAUAAUCAUGCCGUUAGCAAAAGACUUCAAAAAGAGCUGAUGGCGUUGAUGUUGUCCUCUGAAAAAUCGAUAUCUGCCUUUCCGGAGGGUGAAAACUUCUUCAAGUGGAUCGGUACGAUCAGCGGUCCGGAUGAUACCGUGUACAAGGGACAGAAAUACAAGCUACUGUUGGAGUUUCCUAACUCGUACCCGUACUCAGCGCCGAACGUAAAGUUCAUCACACCCUGCUUUCACCCGAAUGUCGACCUAACCGGCUCGAUCUGCCUUGACAUCCUGAAGGACAAGUGGUCGGCACUGUACGAUGUGCGAACGAUCCUUCUCUCAAUUCAAUCCCUACUCGGCGAGCCGAACAACGAUAGCCCGCUGAAUUCGCAGGCCUCCCAGUUGUGGCCCAAUCAGGUCGAGUACAAAAAGUAUCUGGACGAUUUCUAUGAAAAAAAUAAGGAUACCUAAGAUGGUGUCCUGUCCGCUACCCUUCCGAACCUUUCAAACCCUUGAUCCUUCACCCAUCCUUUAUUAGUAGAACAAUUUAAUGAUAGAAGCCAGUCAGUCCGUCAAUCGUGGAGAAUCAGUCAGGCAAAGCAGAUGGGCAGUGGGUGUUGUUUCGAGUUGAUUUGCUUGCUUUCUUUCGUAUCUUGUUUCGUAUCUCCUCACCAAAUUACAAAGAUUGCCUCAGUUUUUGUAUUCCCUCAACGGUGCAAUCCCUUGCGUUGAUGAACGUGUUUGUAAACGAAGGAUUGAAACCUAUAUGGACAAAAGGGGUGAGAAAUAAAAUUGUACAAAUAGUAGGAAUGGAAUGGGAAGCUUUAGUACGAAAAUAAUACAAGGUUAGAGGGUUUACCCAUUGACAUAAUCGAAUCUAUAUAUGUACAUGAAUGUGUGUCGUUUUUUAUAUUUUAUAUUUAAUAUUCGUUCUCUUAUUGUUCUUUAAAUUUUGAUCUUUACAUUUAUGUGUUGGCACACAAAACAAAACAACGGAUUAAAAAUAAUCUUUUCCCAAAGAGAAAUUUGGAACAAGCCAUUUUUUUGACAUCCAAAUUGCGAAGCCUCGCAAGCUGAAAUCCACAUUCCAGGCAUACAAAAAGAGAUCGAGAUCCAAGUUUAAAUUAAACUCUCAACACCCGGCCCCACUGCUGGGAGGAAAAUGAUUUUUAUUUAUAGUUAGCCCUUUUGCUUUUGUUGUGCGACUAAAGGUACGAUUUGAUAAAUGACUUAAAUUUCGCUAGUAAACACUAACAGAAAAGAAUAAUGGAAUAUAAUGUGUGACGAAUUUUAGAAAUGCUUAUGUUUCGUAAUUAACUAUGAUUCAGCCAACUAUGCUUUUCUGAGGACCGGAAUUGGUCACGUAACUCUUUGGAUUCCAGUUUGAAAAUAGCAUUCUUUGGUGGUCACGCUUCCACCAGAUGGUAAGAAACUUUAGAUGCACUAUCUGCAGUAUGUACUACAAAAAACUUCAGCAUAAGCAGAAUAGGAACACAAAUAAAAAUUCAGUUUUGAUUUACACGAACCAAUGAGCAUGGAAGAUUUUGAAAAUAUGAUCACUAACUCACAAGGUGUCUCACAUCGUAAUCUCGGUUAGAAUGUGUGAAGACAAAACAAAAAGCUCACUUUGCUUGGGGGUUUGAAGGGAAAGACUUUAUGUAUUUAUUUAUAAUUUUGUGCGCAGUAGAAACGAAAAUGAAUCUAUCGUUAAAAACAGCAACAACAAAA